AGUCUCUGGUUCCAACGCACGCGCCUUGGCCGGCCCCAGCCCAUUUUUAGACCCCUCACUAAUUCUGCUUCUCUCCCCACCUUGCCCACCCUGGGGCCAUGUCUGCGCUGGCCGGCUACCUCUGGGCCGUGGUCUCCGUGCUGGGUUUCGGGAGCAACUUCGCGGUGGUCGCCAAGUACGAGGCGGGGGAUGGGAUGUUCUUCCAGCUGGUCCUCUGCCUCGGUGUCUGGUUCACCGGCAUGGCGGUGUUCCUGUUGCGCGACGUCCCAAAGUUCUACCCCGACGCAAUGAUAGGCGGGAUCCUCUGGUGCACCGGGAACUGCAUGACCGUGUUCAUCAUCAAGAGCAUCGGCCUCGGGUCGGGGCUGAUCACCUGGGGCACCGCGUCCCUCGUGAUCGGCUGGCUGACGGGAUUCUUCGGCCUCUUCGGGCUCCCCUCCGAGCAGAAGUGCCUCGAGCUGCCCCCGCUCAACGUCGCUGGCUUCGCGCUGUCGGUGCUGGCCCUGGCCGUCAGCACGCUCAUCAAGAAGGAGGCCAUCCUGAGCCCGCCGACCGAGCCGCUCUGCGACGAGGACGCCGGCGGGCCCGGCCCUGGCGAGACGGGAGGGGUGCCCCAGGCGUCCAGCGCCCUGGAGCUCGGCGGCGCGCGGCACACGUUCUCGACCAGCGACCGGGCGGACGCGGGCGGCCCCUCGCGCGCCAAGGGCGUCAUCGCCGCGCUCCUCGCCGGCACCUGCUACGGCCUGAACUUCCUGCCGUCGACCUUGAUCCAGGACUACACCCAAGGGGCGUCGAAGGACGGGCUGGAUUACGUGUUCAACCAGUUCUGUGGGAUUCUUGCGGCGUCCAUCGUGUACUUCCUGGUGUACUGCGCUGCGACGGGCAACAGGCCCUUCGUCAACCCACAGAUUGUCUUGCCGGGCUUCUUCUCCGGAGUCAUGUGGGCUACGGCCCAGGCCGGGUGGUUCGUCGCCAACGUCGACAUCGGCUACUCUGCGGCCUUCCCGAUCAUAGUGAUCGGGCCCGGCGUCGUUGGAUCCAUGUGGUCCGUCCUCUUGUUCAAAGACAUACGCGGGCGCCGCAACUUCUACCUGCUGGGGACGUACUUCGUCCUCGCGGUGGCCUCCUGCGCCUGCAUCAUCGCGUCGCGGAAGAGCACCCCCGAGUGCGAGAGGUGAGAGGGAGGCGUGCGCCCCGCUGGCCCCUUCCUGGCGAUUUGAGCGCGACUCUCUCGGUAAUGUCCCAAGACCCCGCUGACCUCGCGGUCUGGGCGCCUAAGCUCGGAGAAGAGAGAAGCAGCUUAAGCAUAUAAACUUCCGGAGGUCCGCGCGGCUCUCGCGGGUCGGCGUUGGACCCCCCCUGGCGACGCCGGCCCAGGGGAGGGAGGUCCAGCACCGAUCCGUGAGAUCCGCGCGGACUCCAGGAGUGUAUGUUUAAGUCUACUUGUCUUUUUUUAUAUCCACUCCUCUGGUUCAUUUGUGCAGCUGUCCAGCUUGGUCGUUGGACCCCGCUCGUUCUCCUGCCACGGCGAUUGUCGGAAUUUUUUUUGACCUCGCCAGGUCGGAUUCACUCCCUUGGCGCUUUCGGGUAGGCGGAGUGGCGCCGGAGGCGCCGCCAGGGGGCUCCAGCGCCGAUCCCCGAAAUCCGUGAGGACCUCUUACAGAUUAUGUCUAUGCUGUUUUGGACUUUUGAAGUAUUCCCCUCCCUGCUGCACAGUCGGAACAGUUUGCUCGAUUGUGUUCCCCGUCCUCCUUUACACCUACGCCUCCGCCUGGUGCUUUUCCACCCGCUUGGCUCAUUAUGUUCCUGGUCCUGCGCGUGUUCCCGGUCCUGCUCCUUCCCUUCCUCUCCCUCCUCCCUCUCCCGCAUCCACCUUGUCCUCCUUCCUCCCACUGCUUCUGGAGUUCCGUCUCGUCUCCUCCAUGGCAAAGAAGUUUUGCCAGGCUCGUACCAGACUGUGCGCUCUCUGCCAGCACCGCAAGUGUCGCCGCAGCAGUUCCUCGCACCGAAGGGUCCAGGUGUUUUUGGCCAAGAGAUAGAUUUGAAUGUUCUUGGCCCAGGCGAGUGCGGAUUGUGCCGGUUCUGUCGUCUUCGCGAAGGCGAGGAGCGAGCAAAAAUGGCGCCCCGCAGUGAGGGCCGGCCCGUGGGCGCUCGACCGCCCUCCGCGUGAGCGAGCCCCCGGCCCGUGGUGGCGCUCGUUCGGGGUUGCUGAAGGUGCCCCUGGUCCAAGGUGCCCCCAGCUUUUCGC